UCUGUGAGUGAUUAACGAGUAGUUUAAGUGUGUGUUAAGUGGACUCAAUAAUUAUUAAAAUAUAUAAACUCGCAUUGGUCGUCGUGUCCAAUCACUGUUUAUACGUUUCUGCCACGUAUUAUUAUCCUCAUUCUCAUUCUCAGAUAAAUAACUAAACAACUUAGCAAACCAACUAACUAACAAAAAAUAAAAAUGGGCAAAUUACCAUUUUUAAUGAUCAUCAUUUCCAUCAUAAAUUAUCAGCAAUCCAAUGCUAUUCUAAGUCUUUCAGAUACAACAUCUGUCGAAGCUUAUAUGAAGAGUAUAGCCGACUCUUUUUCUAAUGCUACAAAAACAUCUCCAAUUCAUAAGUAUUCACCAGAAACUACUAUGAAGAUAUUCAUAAACGACACGAAGCUUGUUAUUGAUGUUCUGCAAUCUGUGUUAUCGUUAACUUCGACGAAAACCUUGGAAGAACUUUUUGAACCUUUUAUUUCCGCGAUACAAGAUGAUUCUGGGUUUAGGAGCGCAGUUAGCAAUCUUAUAAACCACAGUCAACAACUUGAUAACUUCUUAGCGAAGUUAACCGAUUUGAUUCAUUUUGAUGAAAAUGACGAUAUUGACGAAAUAAAAGCUUUCACAAAUGAAAUAGAUGGAUCAGAUGGUAACAACUUGCAUGAUAUCACAGAUGCCAUAUAUUCAUCAGUAACAUCAGGCGAUGUGGAUAAUAUUUAUUCAACAGUUAUCUAUUUUUUCACAAUUUACGAAGAAAUCGUAGAUCUUAAAUAUCAAUGUGAUUACGAUAUGACUUUACAUGAGAGAAUGAAACGCAUCUUCGACAUAGCUAUCAUCAAUGAAAUAAAAGCAUUUAUAAUGACAACAUUUGCUUUGAACUAUAGACAAAUUACAACAAAUGUGAAUGUUGAGUCUCAAAUAACUGAAAACAUUAAUAGUACAAUUACCCGACACGCUCGAUACAUAACAACGAUGAGAACAAUGCUGGCACAUUCCUCGCCCGGUAAUCUACGUUGUGAUGCACCAAAAUACGUACUUGGUGAAAACUGUUUCCGUCUAGAAGAUUUAUUUGAAUGGGUUUAUGUUAAUCAACGUCAGUUAUCAUUAACGUGCGAUAUCGACCCUGAUUCAUUUGUAUCGUUCAACGAAAUUGAAUGUUUAUCUGUAGCCGAUGUUAAAUAUAUGCCUUAUUACUGUCCAGCUAAAAAGUGUCAUGGUAGAUUACACAACUGUGUACCCGCAGGUCGAUUGUCAUUUUGUGAAUCGCCAUCUGAAUUUGGCCCACGUUACUUAUGGGCGACCGAGUCUGAAAAACUCCAAGAAUAUUGUAGAGGAAAUUAUGUUGAUACGAUGACAAAAGCCCCUUGUGAUAAUUUACUGUGUCAAUGUUCCGAAGAAGGAGCUGCAUCAUUGGCAGUACGUGCUGUCAAUUUAAUGCCUCAAAUGGCGGAUAUUGAAAAUAAUAUGGUCGUAACAAAUGUGAAAUUUUCAAAUCAAGAUGAUAUGAUCCAUUUACAAAUUGAGCAAGGUAGAUUAUUACCAGAAGGUAAAAUAGACGAAGCGACAAUUCAAAUGGUACCCCUCGGAAAAUUUGGUUAUUUGCAAAAUACUCCCGAGGGUUCAAUUGUUCUAUUGGAUGAUGACGAUUCAGCAGAACAAACGUACCUUGAGUUCGAUACUGAUUACACGUACUUGGGAUAUAAUCGCGAUAAAUUUUUCAUUGAUGAUAUUAUUGCUCAACCGAAUUAUGUCGUUACUGGUGUGAAAUUGGGACAACAAGAACCAAAUCCCGAAAAUCGUAAUAACAAGAGUCCGAUACAAUUGGAAAUACACGUGACUUAUUUCAAUUAUCAUGAUGGUAGGUUGAAUGCAACUAAGGAAAAACCAUCUUUCUGGAUGACACCACGCAGUAUGACUACUGAUGACUACAAAUAUGCAAGAGAAGAGUUGGAUUUAUCAAAUGUGGGUGAUUCACUCAAUAAUACAUUCAUCAAUGUAAUAGAUUCAAUGCCGAAUCAGUUCAUAAAAUUCCAAACAUCUGAUGAUACCAACUUCGGACAAACGACUGUACCAUAUUUCGACUCACGUCCAGCUGGAGUAACAAGUACCACAGCAUUAAGCGGUGUUGGUAUUGUUCACCGCGGAGUUUAUGUGCUUGGAGGAUUUUUAGCACCAAAGAUCAUCGGAAUUAAUCAUUCAGCUCAUGUUGGAGAGAAGGAGAGUUCCGAAUAAUAAUUUUGCAAAAAAAUUGAUAAAGUGAAACUUUAGUCAUAAUUUUUAACCGUUUCAAUUUACUUUACCGUUGAAUUGAUUUAUUGCACAAUGUAAUGAAAUUUAAAAAUUUGAUUAUUAAU